UGGCCCUCGCAGCGCAGCGCAGCGCAGCUCGCUUCCUAGAACGACGGCAGCACGGCUACGGCAUCCCUAAAAAUCGGGGUGGAAAAGGCGGGGCACGCGCAGAGAGAAAAAGCUUGGCAACUCCACUUUGUUUACUUCUUUCUGGGAGCCCACGUGACGCGCCCGCGCCCAGCCCACUCCCGGCACCGCCCUCCAUCGCGUCUGCGCAGAGCGUCUUGGUCCCUCUCCUCCUCUUCCUCCUCAAUUGUUGGUUUGAUCCACUGGUGGAUGAGGGAAAGAAACGGACCAUUUUACUCCGCUGGAGGGGAGGUCCGCCUCGCCGGAUGUGACGUAAGAGUUUAUCUUCGGAGGUGGAGCGAGCUCGUGUAGUGGCCUCGGCCCCAGCUGCAACUAUGGAGGAGGCUGGCUACCGGGUAGUGUUCGAGAAGGGCGGGGUGUUCCUGCACACGAGCGCCAGGGGGCGGCACCAGGACCCGGGCUCGCUCAUCGCCGGCGUGCUGCGCCUGCUCGAGAAAGACAACGACGUGGUCCUGCACUGGGCCCCCGUGGAAGAGGCCGGAGACUGCUCCCACGUGGUCUUCUCUAGGAAGGAGCCUGGUGGAGGGGACCCCUGCCCCUCAGAGGAAGAGCCGACCUUUGACCCCGGCUAUGAGCCGGACUGGGCUGUGAUCAGCACCGUGCGCUCGCGGCCCCGGCCCCCCGAGUCUGCCUCAGCCACAGGGUCUAGCAGCGCCCGGGGUCCCUGGGCUUUCUCGGUGAGCCUGGGCGAGCUGAAGUCCAUCCGGCGUUCCAAGCCGGGCCUGGGCUGGGCCUACCUGGUGCUGGUGACCCAGGCGGGCGGCUCCUUGCCGGCCCUGCACUUCCACCGCGGGGGCACGCGGGCCCUGCUGCGCGUCCUCAGCCGCUACCUGCUGCUGGCCAGCUCCCCCCAGGACUCCCGCCUCUACCUCGUCUUCCCCCACGACUCCUCCGCGCUCUCCAACUCCUUCCAUCACCUGCAGCUCUUCGAUGACGACAGUUCCAACGUGGUGUCUCGUUUCCUCCAGGACCCUUACGCAGCCACCUUUGGAGGUUUCUCCCGAGUGACCAAUUUUUUCCGGGGAGCCCUUCAGCCGCCCUCCGACGGGCCCCCCCCGAGUCGUCCCGAGGUCUCUGAGGAUGAGGAGCCGGAGCCCGGCUUCGAGGUCAUCUCCUGUGUGGAGCUGGGGCCCCGACCCGUGGUGUCGCGGGGUCAGCCCGUGACGGAGGAAACGUGGGCCCGACACGUGGGCCCAGACGGGCGCCUUCGAGACAUUGGGGAGCUUAAGGCUCAGAUCUUCUCUGGGGGCCUGUGCCCCUCCUUGAGGAGAGAGGCCUGGAAGUUUCUCCUGGGUUACCUGAGCUGGGAGGGCUCGGCCGAGGAGCACAAGAUCCACGUCCGGAGGAAAACGGACGAGUAUUUCCGGAUGAAGCUGCAGUGGAAGUCGGUGAGCCCUGAGCAGGAGAGGAGGAACUCGCUCCUCCACGGCUACCGCAGCCUCAUCGAGCGCGACGUGAGCCGCACCGACCGCAGCAACAAGUUCUAUGAGGGGCCGGGGAACCCGGGCCUGGGUCUGCUCAACGACAUCCUCCUCACCUACUGCAUGUACCACUUCGAUCUGGGUUACGUGCAGGGCAUGAGCGAUCUCCUGUCCCCCAUCCUUUACGUCACGCAGAAUGAGGUGGAUGCCUUCUGGUGCUUCUGCGGCUCAAGGUCCUCCCGCUUCCAGCACGGGAACUUCGAGGAGAGCCAGGAGACGAUGAAGCGCCAGCUCGGGCAGCUCCUGCUGCUGCUGCGGGUGCUGGACCCCCCCCUCUGCGACUUCCUGGACUCCCAGGACUCGGGCUCCCUCUGCUUCUGUUUCCGCUGGCUGCUCAUCUGGUUCAAGCGCGAGUUCCCAUUCCCUGACGUCCUCCGUCUGUGGGAGGUGCUCUGGACCGGGCUCCCGGGCCCCAACCUGCACCUGCUGGUGGCCUGCGCCAUCCUCGACAUGGAGAGGGACGCCCUCAUGCUCUCCGGCUUUGGUUCCAACGAGAUCCUCAAACACAUUAAUGAACUGACCAUGAAGCUGAGCGUGGAGGACGUCCUGACCCGCGCCCAGGCCUUGUACCUGCAACUGACGGCCUGUCCGGAGCUGCCCCUCAACGUGCAGGAGAUCCUGGGCCUGAGCCAGGCCCCAGCUUCCAGCCCUGGCAGCCCCUCCCCCUCGGGCUCCCCGCUGCCUCUGUCGCCCUCGCCGGCCCCCGAGGCCCUGUCCUCCGUCUCCGGGGAGCCCUCGCCCACUCCCCAGCCCGACAGCAGCCUGGAGAUCCUGCCUGAGGACUCGGGCCCGGAGCCCUGACCCCUUCCCCCUCACACACCAGCACUGGCACUUUACCCCUCCCCCCUUGCGCCCACCACCAAAGCUCUGCCCUUUCUUCUCAGACCCCCGCCCCUGUGUGACCCGGUGUGGCUGGGGGUGCGCCUCCUUUCUGCCCAUUAAACAGGUUACUCGGA